AUGCGUGUUCUCAUUGCGGCCAUCGCUCUCUUGAGCGUCUUCUCUGAUCCUGCCUCAGCCCAUACUUCUCUCUUUGACCCCCGAGCCCAAACCAAGAACAUCCAGGUCCCCAUCGACCAACUACUCCAAAACUCCAAAGUCGAAAAGUCCGGCAAGGGCACCCAGGGCCCUCUCAAAUACACGGGACUUAUCACCCCAGAGCUCAGAGCCCUCUACAAAAACAGCGCCCCUAAGCCUGAUCCCCUCAAAGAAUCAAAGAUGGGCCAGAACAUUUGUCUCGGUGAUCCGUGCUGCACCAAGUAUAACGAUAACAAAGUCACGCCCACGCCCUUCUUCGAAGUCAGCGAAUGGAGCCAGCACCUCGGCCUCCCGAGGCGCAUCUCGGAACCUUUGUGUCCACCCGGCAGUGUGACCAACUCGCGAACGAUAUCCUACACGUAUUCCAUCAAUGUUAAUGUCGGUCCUGAUCUAAAAUUUGGUCCCGCUAUUUUCGAUAAAAUCGGCCUUCGUGUCGGCUUUGCGUACACUUGGGGAACUGCUACAACAGUCGCAUAUACUGCUGCUUGCUCUGAUGGCGGCAAUUAUCCUUGCUAUUCCGUGUUUACUCCACGGAUCGGUGUGAUCAAAGGUUGGGGAUAUAUUGCAAAUGUGGGCACGAAUGGUUUUAUCUGUUCUAAAGGGCCUAGGUCGUUCAUCGAAAUUCACGUACCGGUUGUGCCAUCCGAUACUUGCAAGGGAGGAGACAGGAAUCCAUGCGGACCUUCUGGUGUCUACGAUCAUUGCUUUGCGACGGGACCGCAGGCGCCUGCUCUGUGCCCUCACAGCAAUGUGGACUUGAAGCAUCCACCCUCGCGAUCCUGCCCCGCUAGUAUCACCGGGCAGCCAUAA